GUUCACGGUUGCGGUCGAGCGUGGUUUUCGUAGCCGAUACUCGCGAUCGGGCAUGCGCGCUAUCGGCGCUCUAAUUAGGCGGUGUUUUUCAUUAAUAACUCAAAACCUAAGCCUUAAGGAGAAUUGUGGUAAGGGAAAAAGUUGUGCAGAAUCAUCCCAGCUACCACUUCCUCAAAGGAUGCCCACCCUAGCUGAACACCUACAUCUGGGACCCUACGUAUGAGCCCCCCAUUGCCGCUUUCCUUAGAGAUGCCUGCAGAAGCUUCUCUUCAAUGGAGAAUGCAGCCAGGGGUGACAGUGGUUCUGGCCACGGUCUGGCUCUACGCGAACGUGGUGGGGACAGCCAGCCUCAACUCCUCUCGCUUUUCUCUCGAUCAAUACUCCCCUUUGGCCCCGCAGCAUGAGCUUUACCAACGAGUUCCGAUCGGCUCGCGAAGGUCGAGCUCUACCAGCACCGCAUCCCCGUUGCAGUCCUUCAAGACCAACUACCUCGACAAGGAUUCGUUGCACUCGAAGAGCAAGGGUAACAGCGGCGGCGACGAUGACGAUUUUUCACCUUUAGUCGAAGACAAGCAGCGUCGUAAAAAGUUCACGGAGCAGAAAAUCGAUGGGGGAGGGACAAAGGAUUCGGAGCAGCCAUCCUUGGCUCUGUCCGAAUUGGAGGAUCCUUUCAUAGCCGACGACACGUUUCAAGAUCAAGGACCAGGCUCCAUGGAGAUAUACAAAUUGGACCUGCUCAGACUCUAUCCGUUAAACCAUGUGCCCCUGACGAGGUACCUGCUAAAGGGUAAAGGUAAGACACCUAAGAAGACGAGCCAAGCGGACUGGAAGGCUAAGACGACGGACUACAAGUCAACCAGCCCGAAGAUGUUCUACAAACAAUCCAACUCUUUCGACGAUUUAAGCACAGAGGUGCCUCCGAACAGCGACCCGUUCAGCAUAGGCGGUGUACCGGAGUUGCAAGUGGGUUGCGAGGGUCUGGCCGCUACAAAAUAUAAGCAGAAGAGGUCUAUAGACUCUGGUGGUAGAGACAAGGCUCCCAUAGCAGCCAUGGACACGUGGCCAGGUGUAACACCCAUCUCCCUGGACAUGUACGACUUCUCCUCGGUUGAGGAGGAGGAGGACGAGAUGGAUGAACUGGUGAGGCUGAAGAAGUUGGAGACCACCACGAAGGGGAUCAAACAGAACAGAGGGGACAUGGAGGCGACACGUUAUUCGGACUCCGACGACAAAGGGCGACCCGAGAAAUUGCCCGUCCGUGGGGACUUGGGCAAGUCGAAUGGUCAGAACUCGACCGGCGGUGAUCAGAAGACGGCCGGAGAGGGUUCUAAUUCUGAUAUAGCUAAACGUGAAGCUUUCGAAGAGGAGGAAGCGAAGUCGGCCGACAGUUUGGUACCGGCUCAUCAGCGUCGCAGGAUACUGUGGCUCGACGACUCUGUCGCUGAUGAGCAACUUCGGACCGAAGGUCGUUCGAAGCGUCAGAUCUGGGGCUUCGGUGAGGACGAGGGCGUAGUGUCGAGCGACGAACUACAGACGGAGAAUCAACGACGAAGACAGGACUACGAGCGAAGGAGGAAGGAAGAGGAGAGGAGGAGGCUCGAGGAGGCGCGAAGACGAGGUCACGUUGAGAAUCGAACUAAUUCCGAGGUAGAAAGGAUCAAGCAGGAGUAUGAGAGAUCUCUUCAGGAAAGAACGAGGCAAGAAGAAGAGAGACAGCGACGGCUACAGCAGGAGGCGCGAAGAACAUCCAGCAGGUGGCAGUCGCCUGAAGAACACCGAGAGCGUCCGCAGGAAUUGGUUGCCUCUCCCAGAAGAUAUGAAUCUUAUCCUCAUACCUCCACCUACGAUGAAGAAAGGAGGCACCAGGAGGCGGAGGCCAUGAGAAGACGUGAUUGGGAAGCUGAAAGAAGACGACAGCAGGAGUUGGACAGAAGACACCUAGAGCAGAGAAGGAGGGAGUGGAUGCUGAAGAGAAGACAAGAAGAAGAAGAUGAGAGAAGGAGACAACAGGCUAGAAACGAACCCUCUAACUUAUUGUACGCCAUGCGGGCAGCCUCCAACGAGAGCGGACCCUACUAUGUAGAUCCUGAGAGAAGAUUCAGAGAGCAGCAGGAGAGGGAACGCGAGGAGAAGCUGAAGGAAUACAUGCAACGCAAUCGACCGAUUAAUCCUGCAGAUAGACAGAGAGAAGAAGAAAUUCGAAGGAAGCAGGACGAAGAGCGCAGACGGAUAGAGGAGGAGCGCAAGUUGCAGGAGUACAUUCGUCGAAAUCAGCCAGUGCAUGUGACGAGCGGGAACGGAAGUUCCGUGGAUCAAAGGAAGAAAAUGGACGACUGGUCGAGGGCGUAUAAUUGGUCAAGGUAUCCCGGCCAGGGUAACGGAAGAAGAAAUCACGGCCCAUCGGCUCCGACGAAUAUUGAUCCCCGAAGCUUCGUGGAGGAGAGAAGAAGGAAGGAGGCAUCGAGGAGGACGGAGGAGGAUAGGAUCCGCGAGAGGGAAAGGCUGGAAGAGGAGCAACUGAGGAAAGAGGCUUUGAGACGAGAAGAAGAGGCGAGAAGGUUGCAGUCAAGGCGAUACGAAGAGCAACGGAAGAGACUGGAGGCUGCGAGACGGGACGCGGACAGGAGAAGGAAAGAAUUGAUGGAGGAACAGGCUAGAAGAAGUCAAGCUGGAAGAACGAGGUCAGAGAACACGAGACACGGCUACGACGAUCGCGCGAGGCUCGAGGAGCUCAGGAGGAGACAAGACACGAGUCUUAUUCCAGCCAAUUUAGUCCUGAACGAGUCCAGAAGGACCAUGGAGCAAGACAGGCAGCGGCAGGAGCAGGACAGACAGCGAUAUGAGCAAGAAAGAUGGAGGCUCGAGGCUGAAAGGAGGAGGCAAGAGGAUAGCAGAGCGAAGCAGGGAAGGGAACACGAGCAACGGAGACGACAGGAAGAGGCCAGACUGAACGCACUUCCCGUGAGCGCAAGAAUAAUAGUUCACCCGGCACAGUCUUCCUCCUCGCCUCGCCUGUCAUCGAGAACGGGUUUCGACGGCGAUAUCGAUUUUCCGGGAGUUAAUCCCUAUCGUCGUGGAGUAGAGGUGCCAAAUUUCCCAGCAGCAGCCACUCGACGACCACCUGUACAAAGUCCUCCAGCUUGUGUUUGGGCAGUCGUCCAGUGUUGUCCAUUCAACACCAACCGUCUGGUGACGUGUUUCGAAUCUAUGGGUUGCCCUGGUGUUAACUGGGAUCCGAACCCUUGCAGGGGUUCCAUCACCAAAGCUGCCAGGCAACAAAUCACGAAGUUUUAUGCAGAAAGCGAAGAAGAAAACAGAGGCUUAUAAUAAAAGAAGCAGAUUGCAGGGUUACUCGCCAUAACAUAAGCUUUCGCAGCUAAUCAAAGUAUUUAUUAAAUCGUGACACUACUCCAAAUUUUCCUCUUUUACAGUACAGAAGACCCUUGUUAUGUUGCCACAUGAGCAAUUUGACUUUCUAAUGGAUUUUAAAAAGCAUAUUAAUCUAUGAAAAUGAUAUACUUCUAUCCCCUGCCCCCUUCAAAUGAGAGCUUGAAAGCUCCUUCAGUCCUCUCGUUGACAAUAUAACGAGUGUCUCCUGUACAUUAGCACACAGGUCACCAGCGACCCCCCACUGUCAACGUGUCAAAGUAUACAUACAGAAACGUGGUUUGCCUGGCAGGAGCUCAAAUUCUUAAAUUAAAAAGCCUUCACAGAUUGAAAUAUGAAAAUAAAAAAGAAUCAUACUUAGGGUCAACGGAGACCUGGCUCCACCGUGCGAGAGUUAAUUUAAUAUUCCUCCCAUUUACAAACGUAAUAUUACUCGUGUUUGAAAUUUAAAUUCUAUUUUAAUUUUAAUUUUGAACAGGUGAAAAGAAUUCCAAGUGCGAAUGUGUUAACUUUAGCUUAUCAUAAUGAGAUUAUAAUUAAAUAAUUGACCUUAUUACACUGGAAAGUUUGAAAUAAUUUGUUUUUUAAAUCUCAAAUAAUUUUUUAUUAAUUUUCCAAUGAAAGAUGAAUUUCGUUUAGGAUAUGAAAGUGAUACAAAGAAUGAAUCUAUUUGAUAGAUUGAAAGAAUGAUUCAAAUUUUCUUUUAUCUCUUCUGUCUGUUUAAUCAAUAUCUCGGAAACAUAGCACAAAGAAAAUGUCAUUCGUGUUCUCGUAUUCUUCGAACAUGAAACAGACAGUUACGUUAUAGAUCUGACAUAUUUUUUUUAUUCGCCUUUUUAGAUCGAGGUAGCGUUGCAUGAGAGCCUUUUAAAUUUAACACAGCGAGCCAUUCGCCAGCAGUUUCAAAAUCGUGCGUUGUGUUCUUGUGAAAUCAAUAGUAAAAGAAUUGUACAAGAAUUCUAAAUCUCUGAAUAUUUUCAUUUUUUAUUCAAUUUGCUCUCGUGAUAUCGUCACCAUCUAUACUGGCAUUAUAACAAAAGUCUACUGUACCAGGUUUUAAGAUGCAAAAAAAGAAGGACACAACGUUCACGAUUUGAAACACUUAAUAGUUUUAGUCGCAAGAUUAACAUACAGUAUUUAUGUAAAACAUCCAUGAGUUCUCGUACGAGCUUAACAACGUUUCCUGCUCGAUACGAUUCAUAAAACGGCGCUUAAAUCCUCUCAGUUUGUAGAGAGACGAACGGAAGCAGGAAUCGUUACAGGGCUGAUACAAUUUCGAAAGGGAAGCCAAUAUUCAACAGAGAGUAACCGAUCGUUUAGUAUUGGCUGGUCGCCAAAGGCGAGUCAGUUAGCAUGUAAAAAUAUAGAUGUAAAGAGGGAAUGAGAGGGAACGAGUGAAAGAGGGUGCGUGAAAGAGUGAGAGAAACGUGCGACAUCUGUUCGCAUCGUAGACGCACGUGCAAUUAAGCGUGCUUCGCGUGUAACGAACGUAGAAUUAUUAACUGUGAAACCUUUUUCCUCUUGCACGUAGUCGUCGAACAAUUAUACAGGGUGUUCAUACUAAUUUCUGAAGAUAAACUUUAUUUACCUUUGUUGAAUUAAAAGUUUGACUUUUUCGGUAGUAUUUCUUGUUCCAGAAGGUUUCUUUUGUUAAAAGUAAGUAAAUGUGUAAGUACCGUAAAAUAAAUGAGAUUUAACACGUUCGGACCCACCUGGGUAAAUUUACCCAAACCGGAAGGGCGAGAAUAUACCCCAUACCUCGUCCGGGCUCGAAGGUGGUAAAAUAAUAAUGAAAA